UUACCUCCACUAAUCAGCUGUUCGCGCAGACAUAAAAUGAAAGACGUUUACGUUUACAUAUUUAGUUUAUAAAAUUUGCGUAAAAUGAGCCAAUACAGCCAUGUUAAAUACACCACAUCGCCAACGCCCUCAGUGGUGUCUGGAUAUUCAAGUGCAUCUCGUCUGCAAUCGCCAUUGCCACCUCCAGUUGGCUAUCGCAAGGAUUGCCUCUCGGCGACAUCAAAAAGUUACAAAUAUCUGCGACGACUGCUAAAAUUCAAUCAAAUGGAUUUUGAGUUUGCACUUUGGCAAAUGAUCUAUUUGUUUAUAGCGCCACAAAAAGUGUAUAGAAAUUUUAAUUACAGGAAACAAACCAAAUCUCAGUUUGCGCGCGAUGAUCCCGCAUUUCUGGUUCUCCUCGUUAUUUGUCUAUGUGUAACCUCAUUGGGAUUUGCAUAUGUUCUUGGACUAUCCAUUUGGCAGAGCAUCUCUUUCAUUUUCUAUGUAGUAUUCGUCGAUUGCAUAUUUGUGGGCAUCAUAAUUGCAUCAUUCUUUUGGGCGGUGACGAAUCGCUAUUUGCGCACCAACAAUCUGGAGCCAGACAUUGAAUGGGGCUAUGCAUUUGAUGUGCAUUUGAAUGCAUUCUUUCCGCCAUUAAUGCUGCUGCAUUUCAUACAGUUGUUCUUCUACAAUUGGCUGAUUAGCCAGACUUGGUUCAUUUCCCGUUUCCUUGGCAACUCCUUUUGGCUGAUGGCCAUGAGCUAUUAUGUCUACAUCACUUUCCUUGGAUAUAACUGUAUUCCUCACUUAAAGAACACACGUCUUAUACUCAUUGCGCUCCCCAUUAUCUUCCUACUAUAUCUUGUCGUCACAAUCAUUGGCUGGAAUGCAACAAUUUCAUUUGUAAACUUUUACAAAUAUCGCGUAUAUUGAGAGCACUAAGCAAUAAGUGAUGUGGAUUGUAAAUUAUUUUGCUUCUUAGCUUCUAGGCGAUCCCUACAUUAUAAUGACUAAUAAUCUAAUACUGUAGUGUAAUCCAUGUUAAUCAUACAUACAAGUUUAACU